AUGCGAUACUCCACCCUGCUCCCGGCUCUGUUAGCCAUACGCUCAACUCUAGCAAGACCAAGCCAACCCGAGAUCGCCAACACCACAACCCUUCCCACUCAUUUCGGUCUACUCACAUUCCCACACUUCCAAGCUCUCGACAUCUUCGGCCCCAUGGACGUCCUUAACUCACUCUUCAUGUACUACCGAAACACAUCCAUUGUGCCGCAGUUUACAGUCUUCAGCAAGACCAUGGAUCCGGUGACAUCGGCCAUGACGGAUGGAGGCUUUGGCCAGGAAAUUGUGUCCACUAUGACAUUCUCGGACUAUCUUAACAAGCAAAACGACAUUGGUGGUGGCGCCGUACCGUCCACGUCAGACAAGGGCGCAAUCGAUGUCCUCUUCGUCCCCGGCGGAGGAGGGACUCGUAGAGACAUGACUGAGGAGAUCAACUUCGUCAAAGCCACUUACCCAAACCUCAAAUACAUCGUCUCCGUCUGCACCGGCGCAACAAUCCUCUCUCGCGCAGGCAUUCUUGAUGGCCGCAAGGCAACCACGAACAAGGCUGCCUGGCCCUGGGCUACAUCGACCGGUCCCAACGUAGACUGGGUACCGACUGCGCGAUGGGUCGAAGACGGCAAUAUUAUCUCGACCAGUGGAGUUUCUGCAGGUAUCGAUGGAACGUAUGCGUUUGUCAGUCGGGUGUACGGGGAGGAGGUGGCGCAUUUCCUGAGUUUGGCUUUGGAGUAUAACCGUGAGACGGAUGCGCAUCAUGAUCCUUUCGGCAAGAUUUGGGACGUUCCGGGUGCUACUUAG